AUGGAAGUAUGUGCAAUGAAACAUAAUUUCGACUACAAGGUUGGCAAAUCGGAUAAAACAGUUUGGUACGUUUGUUGCGCGGAUGAUGAUUGCGGCUGGCGUGUUCGCACAGAGGGAUUAACAUGUUCUUCAUAUUUUAUCAUCAAAAAGUAUGUACCUGAUCAUUCAUGUUCUCCAUCAUCAAGGAACCACUCAGUUCAGACAGCUUCAUCAAAAACAGUUGGUAGUCUCAUCACGCAUAAGUACGAAAGUGUCAAGGAAGGGCCGAAACCUAAUGAUAUCAUCCAGUUUAUGCGGAAUGAUCAUGGAGUUGAGAUAUCCUACUCUUUAGCUUGGGAUGCACGUGAGUAUGCAAUAAAUGCUGUGAGAGGCAUUCCAGAGAAGGGUUAUGAAAAAAUUCCCAAAUACUUGCAAAUGAUGAAGGAAGCUAAUCCAGGAACACACACAUUUUAUGAAACUGAUAACGAUGGGAGAUUCAGAUUCCUCUUCAUCUCAUAUGGUCAGUCUAUUCGCGGUUUUUAUGCUGGCAUUCGGAAAGUUAUUCUUGUGCAUGAGACUUUUUCGAAGAGCAAAUACAAAGGAAUAUUACUGGUAGCUACUACUUUAGAUGCUUUUGUGUCUGAUAGGAACACCUCCAUUGCAAAAGCUCUUGCGAAAGUGUAUCCAUAUUCUCAUCAUGGAAUUUGCAUUCACCACUUGCUGAACAAUGUUGUAACAUAUUUCAAGAGUAAUGGUGUAUCUGGUUUGGUUGCAAAGGCUUCUAAAUCUUAUCGAGUAGCUGACUUUAAGAAGAUGACCACUAACCCUGCUGAAUCGAUAAAUUCUGCUUUGCAUUCGCCAAGAGAGUUUCCAGUUAGACCUUUGUUGGACAGCAUAAGGGAAAUGAUGACUCAUUGGUUUUUCAAGCGUAAAACUUUAAGUUUCAAAUACACGCAGCCACUGACCAUUGUGGUGGAGAAGAAGAUUGACCGAAGGAUUGAGAAGGAUGCACAUGUUCAAGGUGGCAAAUUCGAUUUGAUGAAAAUCCUAUGCAUGCACGCCAUAAAAGCAGCUUUCAGUGUAGAAAAACAAGCGCACACACUUACUGACGACAUGUAUACCACUGCUUCAUGGAGAUCGGUCUAUGAGGAAACCAUAAAUCCUACUACUGUUCCAGAAGAUUCAUAG